UUCGGCCACAACAGGAAGCAAGCGAAAUUAAGCCUUUGUGUGUUUUCGUGGACACAUAUUUUGCAUUAAAAUACCAACGCGCGGCUUGAAUCCUGGUAGAUUUAAAUACAUAUUACUUACCGUAACGUUAUUACUUUAAACGAUUAGGCUACAUUUAUUUUGCUAAUGUUACUUAGCUAGCUAGCAAACGUAAGACAACUUGUAUUAUUACCGUACGUUGCUGUGGGACUAUCGUGGUUGGAUUUGUGUCGCUUGUGUCGCUAUUUUAUUUUCAGUACAAUUAGUGCAAAGUGGUGUUCAUCUUCCAGCCAGUUCGCCAGUAACGAUUAAAUUGUGAGCAUUUAGGAGUAAAGCUAAGAUUUAGCGAACGCUACUAAUUCACAAUGAACAUCUAGGAUAAUUAGCUAACACUUUAGGUAGCUAAUGUUAACAGUUAGCUACCAAGCAAACUUUAGCAAGCUGGUCAAGUUCGUAGUUAUCGCUCUCUAUUAGCUAGUAGCUAUUUGACCCAACAUAUUUCGAAUUGGCUACAAAGUGUGUGUUUAAUCUGCAAAUUGAUAGUUACGAGAUAGGGUUAUCUAUGUAACUUGACUUAGCAUUAAUAUAUUAGCUAGCUAUAUAGCUAACUUAGUGCUAGCAAGGUAACGUUACACAAUUUUUAGUGACGAGUGGGAAGGGACAAUGUAUGCGCCACCGGGAUCUGCUCUCCCUGUGAACCGGCGAAGGCGAGGACCCGGAGGAACCGCUAUGCCUAAACAGCCAGAGCGGAGUCUGGCAUCCGCACUUCCCGGAGCAUUGUCCAUUACUGCCUUGUGCACGGCCCUUGCCGAACCAGCCUGGCUCAGGGUUCAUGGAGGAACUUGCCCAAGACAGGAGCUGGGAGUAGCAGACGUCCUGGGAUAUGUCGAUCCAAAACUCAUCGAAGAUUACUGUGUGAACCCUCAGACCAUCCUCCUCCUGCGGGUUAUUGCUGCCUUCUGCUUCUUGGGUAUCCUGUGCAGUCUAACCGCCUUCCUUCUGGAUGUCUUUGGCCCAAAGCACCCUGCCCUGAAGAUCACCCGCCGAUACGCCUUUGCACACAUACUCACCGUCCUUCAGUGUGCCACGGUCAUUGGGUUCUGCUACUGGGCCUCUGAGCUGAUUCUGUCCCUGCAGCAGCAGCACAAGAAGUACCACGGCUCCCUUAUUUAUGUCACCUUUGCCAUAAGCUUUUAUCUUGUGGCUGGAGCAGGUGGGGCCUCCAUUCUGGCCACUGCCGCGAACCUGCUGCGCCAUUACCCGACUGAAGAGGAGGAACAGGCUCUGGAGCUGCUGUCUGAAAUGGAGGAAAGCAGCGAGACGUAUCCAGCUGAAUAUGACAUAGCCAACCAGUUCCAGCCACCACCUGCAUACACCCCUUAGUAGGCUAUGGCAGUUCUCCCUCUUCUGUAAAUAAUUAAUAAUGUUAUGGGCAUCACGGAAAACAACAAAAAAACACUGAAUGAAAGUACAAACACACAUAUAGCAACAUCCCAUCCACACAUUUGUGUGAGCUCCUGGUGACCUUUCAACAUGUAAAUUCAUACUAUAGUUAUCAUACUAUGAUAACUGAUUGUUGUUCUUCCUAUGUUUGAAUGUAUGUUUUGAUUUUUUUUCGUUCAAUAUUACGUGAGGAAUUUUCACAUACAGUUAAUGAUAUUAGAAGUAGUAACACUGUCAGUUUUUUAUUCCCUAGAUUUUCCUGUUUAUUUCCUUGUUCCUGCCUUCUUGUUUCUCUCAGUAUGUUUAACUCUGAUGCCAUUGCAGUACAUUUGUAUAAAGGACAUAUAAAGAACCAUUCAUUGCAAUGAGUAGUGCGGUAAGUGUAGAUUUUCUCAGCAACUCAUUGGCGCUUGGCUGGGAAAGUGACGAAGAGCAGGAUCAUGCUGUGUGCAAAUAAUCGUAUGCUGUUCUGGAGACUUAAAAUGUGGCCAUUAAGUAAUGGACAGUGAAGCAUCAUCCUAAACCCUAUGGUUUUACAGGGUAUUUGUUUUAUUGUUUGAGGCUUGGUUCAAAGGUAUCACUUUCCAAAUGUUGUUGUAUUGUACAGCAUGUUAUAUUUUAAAAUAAAAUUGAUUUAGAAUAA